UAAAGCCCGGGGUGGGGCAGGAUGGGCUGGAAUGCAGAGCUGUGGAGUCCGCGGGGCGGGUGAAGAACGGCGAGUAACUGUUCCUGGGGCAGGACCGUUCGGCGUCCGCAGCCACACGCGGGCCGUGGGCCCACAGCCCCAAGACGCGCAGGUCUGGACCCGGGCGGCUGGGUGUUUACGGGUGCAAACGUCAGCGAGCCCCCGGACUAAAACGCGGCGCCUGGCUGCCGCUGUCCCCUGGCCUUCUCCUUUCAAGGUCGCCAGGGCCAGGCCUGAGCGCCCAUCGACUGCACCCUGGGCCCAGAGCACUCGCGGGCAUCCUCUCCGAUGAUUCAGAAGUCACGGCCCGCGCUGCUGCAGCCCCAAGAUGUCGGAGACACGGUGGAAACGCUUAUGUUACAUCCGGCGAUCAAGGCUUUCCUGUGUGGCUCCAUCAGUGGGACCUGCUCUACACUCCUUUUCCAACCUCUGGAUCUCCUUAAAACACGCCUGCAGACUCUCCAGCCCUCAGACCAUGGGUCUAGACGAGCUGGGAUGUUGGCUAUACUGUUGAAGGUGGUUCGCACAGAGAGUCUUCUGGGCCUUUGGAAAGGGAUGUCCCCUUCCAUUGUGCGAUGUGUCCCUGGUGUUGGAAUCUACUUUGGCACCCUCUACUCUUUGAAGCAAUAUUUCUUGCGAGGCCAUCCUCCCACUGCCCUGGAGUCAGUCAUACUGGGGGUGGGCUCUCGCUUCGUUGCAGGAGUCUGCAUGUCGCCUAUCACUGUGAUCAAGACACGUUACGAGAGUGGGAAGUAUGGCUAUGAUAGUAUCUACGCCGCCCUGAGGAGCAUCUAUCGCAGCGAGGGGCACCGGGGCCUCUUCAGCGGCUUGACAGCAACUCUCCUUCGUGAUGCGCCUUUUUCAGGAAUCUACCUGAUGUUUUACAACCAGACCAAAAACAUAGUGCCUCACGACCAAUUGGAUGCAACCCUUAUUCCUGUUGUAAAUUUCAGCUGUGGGAUAUUUGCUGGUAUUCUGGCUUCACUGGCAACUCAACCUGCAGAUGUUAUCAAAACUCAUAUGCAGCUCUCCCCAGUGAAGUUUCAGUGGAUUGGCCAAGCAGUGACACUCAUCUUCAAAGACUAUGGACUUCGUGGCUUCUUCCAAGGCGGUGUCCCCCGGGCCCUCCGCAGAACCCUGAUGGCAGCAAUGGCAUGGACAGUAUAUGAAGAGAUGAUGGCCAAGAUGGGCCUGAAGUCCUGACCAAGAGACCACUGGGAAAGGGUGGAAUCUAUUGCCCUGCUUGGUUUCUGCCAAUGGCUGCUGCUCAUCACUAUCCUGCAGUAAGAGGUAGUUCUAUCUGGAAACCAGGCAGAAAAUGGCAUUGCCUUUGCCUUCAGUAACCCCAUUCAGGGAGAGAAUAGAUGAACCUGAUUCAAGCCUUCAGAAUCUCCCAGAAGAGGAGUCAUCAAUACACACAGCACACUGGGGAGUUAGGAAAAAGCUUUGCAUACCCUCAAGGCUACUUGCAAAGGCGUUUCUGGGGAGAGCUCUAUCAGGUAGCUCUGAUUCAGCUUCCCCACCGUACACCGUGGUGCCUCGUUGGGGAUGUUCUUGGGCAAGGAAUCACAAAGCCUGAGAAGCUACAGCUGGGGAAGACUGGAUCUGAGGGGAAGAGUCAUUGUCACCAGGCUGAAGACUCUGAGGUGGUGGCAGGAUGAGGAAGAAAAGAAAUCCUUACUUACUGGGUUCCUAGUCAACUUCUCAGAGGCUCUGGAGAACGGGGAUAGUGGCUUCCUAGUUUCUAAAUAUCCAAAUAAAAUUUUUUGAUUUUGGUCCCUGUACUGUUUAACCUCUAAGUUGUUCU